AUGCUUGACAUUAAUUUAUUUCAAGCUGACAAAGGUGGUAAUCCUGAACUAAUCAAGGAAUCUCAACGUAAAAGAGGGGCUUCUGUCGAAUUAGUUGACCAGGUUAUUAGUUUAUAUGACGAAUGGCGAUCAGUACGUUAUGAUCUGGAUCAAGUCAAAAAGCAACAGAACGCAUUUCAAAAACAAAUUGCACAAAAAAUAAAGGAUAAGGAAGAUGCAUCAGAAUUAAUAAAAGAGAAAGAAUCUCUCAAUUCUGAAAAAGAUCGACUCACUACCCUUGAAAAGGAAAAAGAAGAGAUUCUCAAGUCUAAAGCUUCUACGAUUGGAAAUAUUGUUCAUGAAUCUGUACCCGAUUCUUUAGAUGAGGAAAAUAAUGAAAUAGUUCGAAAGUGGGAUCCUCCAACAAACGAAAAUGGACUCAAUAUAAAAUCAGUUAAGAAAAAUGGAAUUUUGUCACAUCAUGAAGUACUAUACAGAAUUGAUGGUUAUGAUUCUGAGAGAGGAACAAAUAUUGCUGGUCACCGCGGUUAUUUUCUUACUAAUGACGGAGUGGAUUUAAAUAUGGCAUUAAUUCAAUACGGUCUUUCAUUUCUGCGGAAAAAAGGGUAUAAAAAAUUACAAACGCCAUUUUUUAUGAGAAGAGAGUAUAUGGCCAAAACAGCACAACUGGAACAAUUUGACGAAGAGUUAUACAAGGUGAUUGGGGAUGGGGAUGAUAAAUAUUUAAUUGCCACAUCCGAACAACCUAUUUCCGCGUUUCAUGCUAAUGAAUGGUUUGAAAAACCAGCAGAACAGUUGCCAGUAAAAUAUGCAGGAUAUUCAACUUGUUUCCGUAAAGAGGCUGGGGCACACGGUAAAGACACUUGGGGUAUUUUUCGUGUGCAUCAAUUCGAAAAAGUCGAACAAUUUGUUAUUACAGAUCCGGAAAAAUCAUGGGAACAAUUUGAUGAGAUGAUUAAUUAUUCAGAAGAAUUUUAUCAAUCACUUAACAUACCAUAUCAAAUAGUUGCAAUAGUCUCUGGUGCUUUAAAUAAUGCGGCAGCAAAGAAAUAUGAUUUAGAAGCAUGGUUUCCCUUUCAAGGAGAAUAUAAAGAAUUAGUUAGUUGUUCUAAUUGUACAGAUUAUCAAUCUCGUAGAUUAGAAAUUAGAUGUGGAAUGAAGAAAAUGGGUGAUCGUGAAAAGAAAUAUGUGCACUGUUUAAAUUCUACAUUAUGUGCCACUGAAAGAGCUUUAUGCUGUAUUUUAGAAACUUAUCAAACGCCUGAGGGAGUAAUUAUACCAGAAAAACUUCGUCCAUAUAUGGAUGGACGAGAUUUUUUACCAUUUGUUAAACCUUUACCGAAAAAAAAAUAA